AUGAUCCGACAGCGUUCGUCGGUGCGGAGCCGCGGCUCAUCCUCCACCACAAUCAGCGAUCCGCGCGAGCGUGUGAAGGACUGCUGCCGCAAGUUCGUGGCGUUUAUGUGCACGCAGGUCGGUGUUGGCGGGUUAAUCGUGGCGUAUGCCCUCGUCGGUGCGGCCAGCUUCAUGUCGAUUGAAACCCGCGAGCCAAACCCGCUGAUCGAGCAGGUUGCGACGUUGCGCCGGAACUGUGCCGCCGAGCUGUGGGACGUGACCGAGCAGCUGAACCUGUUCAACAGCUCCGUGUGGCAUUACGAGGCGGAUCUCGUGCUGAAGCGCUAUCAGGAUGACUUCGCGGAAGCGAUCCGGCGCGGGUACGAUGGCCGCCCGCCGGAGGAAGUGUGGAAUUUCCCGGCCGCGCUCAUGUUCUGUCUCGCCGUUUUCACGAUGAUCGGUUACGGUAAUAUGGUGCCCAGGACGGCGUGGGGUAAGGGCGCGACCGUCAUCUACGCCACGUUCGGCAUCCCGCUCUAUAUCCUGUACUUCAUGAACAUGGGCAAGGUGUUGGCGUCGACGUUUAAGUGGUUGUACACCUGGUUCCAUGAGUGCAGCCAUCGGAGCGAUGAGGACGGUGGGUUAGCUCUGGAGGAAGGUCCUGGGCUGGCGCCUCGGAAGCGCAUCAUCGUGCCGACGACGGCGUGUCUCUGGGUGAUCACGAUCUACAUCGCAACCGGUACGAUCAUGUUCGCGGAAUGGGAAAAAUGGACCUACCUCGAUUCGGCCUACUUCUGCGUUACGAGCCUAUGCAAAAUCGGCAUCGGAGAUCUCGUGCCGGGUGCGAACAUCCUUGAUUCGCAGAGCGGCAAACCGACCAAGCUGGUAAUCAACUUCGUCUACAUGCUGCUCGGCAUGGGCCUGGUCGCGAUGUGCUACAUCCUGAUGCGUGAAGAGGUCCGCAUCAAAAUGCAAGAGAUCAAGGAGGACACGCGCCUCUGUCUCGAGGAUCUGAGCUCGAAGUUUGCGAAAUGUUGCGGUACGAAGGACUCGCAGUACUACGACUAG